AGAACAGUUUAAUAAAGUUUCUCGUACUGCGCGAAGGUGUUUAUUUUACAUUUUGUUUGCGUCUAUGACAAAAAUUCAUAUACACCUAGCUAUUGCACCUUUUUAGCUCGCCACAAGCAGUCGCAAAUAAAUAGUGUUAAGAGAAAUUAGCACAAUUCUUCUUUCACAAUUUGUUGCUGUGUUAUAGUGUUGUUGAGUGAAUGAAAACCAGCUAAAUUCAAAAAGCUUGUAAAUCCUUACAUAAUCCUAUACAGUUAAAGGAAAGAAAAAAUCGAAACGUAAUCGAUUCGAACCCAAUUGUCUGCCAUCUGAUCAAAUUUUCACGCAUGUAAUGACAAAAAAGAAAAACUUGUUAGCUACGUAACAGAUGUGUACAUUAAUUACAGUUCACUUCCUUGAACUGCAAAAAUUAUAAUAUCACUAAUAUAUGUAAAUAAAGAAAAAGCUAAUACCGGCGUGGAACUCUAUAGAAUUUAAGUAGAUUAAAUACCGUAAUAUUUUUUUAGUGUCGGAUUAAAUAAUCCGCCAAAUUGGCUUCGCAAAGUUCUAUACUUGAUAUUUACAUCAUGGCUUGGGAACAUGGCAGCUCUCCGGUGGAUUGGUGUGAAGGAAAUUACUUGAUAUCUUCAAAUAUAGCAGAGUUUGUGAAUACGACAAGUAAUUUUCUGUUUGUGCUCCUGCCGCCACUUUUGAUAUAUUUGUUCAAGGAGUAUGGACGGUUCGUAACUCCCGGUAUACACGUGCUCUGGGUGCUCCUUAUAGUAGUGGGUUUAAGUUCCAUGUACUUCCAUGCGACACUCAGUUUAAUAGGCCAACUACUCGACGAAUUGGCGAUUUUAUGGGUAUUUAUGGCUGCCUAUUCAUUGUUCUUCCCAAAAAAGUAUUAUCCAAAGGUCUUCCGUAAUGACCGGAAAUUAUUCAGCACGUUCAUGUUUCUUUCGUCAAUUUUCGCGACGGUGAUGUCCAUUUGGAAGCCAAUAGUAAACGCGUUUGUACUGAUGGGUAUGGGCGUGCCAACAAUGCUAAUGAUGUAUCGAGAGUUACAAAGAGUACGAGAUCAGCGCGUCUAUCGAUUGGGCUUGCGUUGUACCACUGUUUGGCUAGUGGCCGUGUUCUGUUGGAUCAACGACCGAAUGUUCUGCGAUGCAUGGUCAGCAAUUAAUUUUCCGUAUCUGCAUGGCUUUUGGCAUGUUUUCAUUUUCAUCGCCGCCUAUACGGUUCUAGUUUUGUAUGCGUACUUUUAUGUUGAAACCGAGUUGCCACAGCGACAGCCUAUGCUGAAGUACUGGCCCAAAAAUGAUUUUGAAUUUGGCAUACCAUUUAUAUGCAUACGAAAUCCGGGCAUGACCAUCAAGAGUGCUAUCUAAAAUAUUAUAUAUAUAUAUAUAUAUACAUAUAUAAGUACACAUGCGUGCUUAGCUGCACCGGUAGAUAUGAUGUAAAGAGCCACAUAGAAAAAGACAAAGUAGUAUUUCAAAUUUACAACAUUUUUAUUAGCAAACCGAGUAGUGAUGCGAGUACAUACUCAUAUGUAUAGUAUGUGUGUAUAUGAGAAAAUAGCUUAUAAGUAGUACCUGUUAUGUUAGUGGAAGAGGAGAAAAAUGCGGAAAUUCAUGUUUAUGUACAUUAAGGAGAUUUAAAUAUAUAUUUUAUUAUUAUUAAUAUUAUUACUUUCAUAAAAUAUGUGAUGCCAAAUUUUAUUCCUUUCGGCUAUUUGCCAUGACUUUUUAUACAUAAGUUUUGAAGAAAAACAAUGAAAUUUUGGAAAUUAAGAUGGUUGUUGUUGGUAUAAGUUGUUGUAUGGUAUAAGCAGUCGCUUGUCUCAAAGUUGCCGUAGAAAGUCUCGUAAGUUAUACGCUUUCAUUUUUAUCAAGUCAGUCAAAACCUUUGUGCUAAAAUAUAGGAAAAUUUUUUUUUUUAAUUAUUAGCUCUUACUUUGGAAAAAUAUUCAUUUUACAAGCUUCAGGCUCAAGCCGGAACCUCUAAGUCUUAUCUGAUUGGCUUAUUGUUAGUUUUGGGGAAAAAGAAAUCCAUUAUUUUUUCGGCAGAUGUCUCCUCAUCAUUCAUUUCACACUAAAAAAAAAAUAUUUGCUGUUUUUAUUUAUUGCAUUCAGUUG